GCAACGUUGCCAACAACAAGCGCUGCCAACGCUUCUGUGGAAACAUACACGCACGCACACUGAGGAAAUAAUCACAGCACCGGAUUACAGUCACGCUCUCUCGCUGGGAUUUAUUUCAGAUUAACAAACAUGAUUCCAGAGGAGAACUUUGAAGAGAACAGGAUGCAGUCUGCAGGUCUGGCUCUGGAGGAGUUGUUAGUCACGGCUCAGAAACAAGACUGCCUGACUGUUGGCAUCUAUGAAUCAGCCAAACUUCUCAAUACAGACCCAGACAGUGUGGUUCUCUGUGUUCUGGCGGCCGACGAUGCAGACGAUGUGGCUCUGCAGAUCCACUUCACCCUGUUGCAGUCCUUCUGCUGCGACAGUGGCCUCAACAUCCUGCGAGUAUCAGGGGUGCAGAGGCUCAAGCAGCUGCUCUGUGCUGUGGAUGCCAACAGAAACCAGGAAGAGCACGGAGACCUCCACUGCAUGCUGGUUACGAACCCACAGGCUGACCACUGCAGGCUACAAGAAGUGGGCACCUACUGCCAGGAGAGUCGACGCCUUGAUCAGUGGGUGCCUGAGCUGGUCCUACAGGAACGCUGAGGGACCUGGCACCCGCAUAUAUGACCAAGAUCAGGAGCUUCUGGGUUCAAAUUUUGGAUCUGUUAUUGCUCAUGCAGGGAAGGCUUGGUGUGGAGUUGUACAGCCUGUCCUGACUGAUGACAAGCAUGAACUGGGGACUCCCUUUCAGUAACUUGUGGAACAGUCGGAGUGGAGAUUGAAAACUUGAAAAGAUACGGAUGAACAAGCAGAUUCCCUUUAAAACUCUGCGUUUUUACAUCUCCAGAAAAACUAUAUGCAAGCUUCUGUUUUCUGUUUCUGUCAUGGGGUGUGACAGUCAAUCAGCAGUGGCAUUGACUGAAAAAUGUCCACACCCCGACUUCUACCUGUGGAGGAUCAGUGUGUUUCUGUGGACAGGACAGGAAUGCUGUAAUGAAACUAUGCCCAACAUUCCUGUGUUUUCUGACAUGGGAGAGUCCUUGGAGAGAGAGGUGUGUGUUAAUGUGUGGUAUGCGUGUACAAUCCUGAGGUCUUUCUUUAGAAAAGACUGGGCGGGCAGUGUGUGCGCUCCAAAAAAUCAGCAGCCAAACCUGUGGAGGAGUCAUCGCCAUGGAAACUAAAAAUGUAAUGAUGUUUAAUUUAAAGGCACGGGAACUCUUAGACGGAAGAGUCGCAAAACAUGUUUGUUUUGAUAAGAGGAUAGAGAAUGAGUGGUAAAAAGAACUGUCUGAUUUGUAAAUUCUUGUUAUGCUGCUGGACAAAACACAGUCUAUCUCUGUGCCUUCAACAUUGCUGCUUUUUUGAUCAAAUGCUGUCAGACUAAAUAUGAACAGUGCUAUAUCAGUAAUUUAUUGAUUGUAUUAGAUGUUUAACUAUUUAUGGUCUAUUUUUUUCCCUGUUUAAUCAAAUCAAUAAAUUAUUGUAUUCAUAAUAUAUCA